AUGUCGACACGCAGGAGUAGCGACGGUCACACACUGGACCAUAGUCCCAGUUCAACUGAAGUCGAUAGCACAGAAGACCUACAAAGAGUCACAUCGAUAAUUCCAGGAGAAGAGCGAGCAGAACUUCACAGAUUGGCCAGUUCACUCUCGAGGCGCCAAUCAGAUGCAGGACGACCGGGCACUCGGAGAGCCUCAACAGGUUUAGACCGAAUAACAAGCAUAGCUGAGAACGACCCAAGACUACAACCAGACUCCAAAGACUUUGACCUCUCGAGAUGGCUCAAAAGGGUUCUCCACGAAUUACAAUCGGAGGGAGUCGAGCUCAAGCGCACAGGCAUUGCAUACCAAAACCUAAAUGUCACCGGAACAGCUUCAGCCCUACAGCUCCAAGACACUAUCGGUAGCAUGGUGACAGCGCCUUUGCGACCCGGCGAGAUGUUUAGUGGUGGCAGAAAAGAACCGAAGAAGAUCUUACAGAACUUUGAUGGCCUGGUCAAGAGCGGAGAACUUCUCAUUGUGCUCGGCCGACCAGGUUCAGGUUGCAGCACGCUACUAAAGACAAUGACCGGACAGCUUUAUGGCCUAUCUGUGGAUGAGAAAUCCAUGCUUAGUUAUGACGGUAUCUCCCAAAAGGUCAUGAUGAAGGAAUUCAAGGGAGAGACUCCUUACAACCAAGAAGUUGACAAGCAUUUCCCACAUCUCACCGUUGGCCAGACCAUGGAAUUCGCUGCACAGGCACGCAUGGGAUCCAACCGUCCCGGCGACAUGUCACGAGAAGAAAGAGCCAAGCUUGCUGCUUCAGUUGUCAUGGCUGUCUGUGGUCUGAGCCACACCUAUAACACAAAAGUAGGAAACGACUUUGUACGUGGCGUGUCAGGUGGUGAAAGAAAGCGAGUCAGUAUUGCAGAGAUGAUUUUAGCUGGUUCACCUUUGGCUGCAUGGGAUAACAGUACGCGAGGUCUAGAUGCAGCAACUGCCCUCAAGUUCGUCGAGACAUUGCGACUUGGUGCCGACUUGUGCGAUUCGACCGCUGCGGUAGCCAUCUACCAAGCAAGUCAGGCUAUCUAUGACCUCUUCGAUAAAGCUACUGUCCUAUACGAAGGGCGGCAGAUUUAUUUCGGUCCUGCAAAAGACGCCAGGGCUUUCUUCGAGCGACAGGGCUGGAUGUGCCCUCCACGACAGACAACCGGCGACUUUCUCACCUCGGUCACCAAUGCAUCGGAGAGAACAGCACGUCCCGGAAUGGAAAACAAGGUGCCACGAACACCAGAUGAAUUUGAGCGCUACUGGCGUCAGUCUCCGGAGUUUCAGUUCCUGCAGAAACAGAUUGCACACUAUCAACAGGCAAAUCCUAUGGAUAAGAGUGGUCAAAGCCUUGCAACACUCCGCCAGCAGAAGAACGCAGCUCAAGCCAAGCACGUCCGCCCAAAAUCACCAUACAUUAUCAGUGUCCCUAUGCAAAUCCGUCUUAAUACCAAGCGAGCUUAUCAGCGGAUUUGGGGUGACAGGUCCGCGCUCAUGACAACCAUGGUGUCUCAAGUCAUCACUGCCCUUAUUGUUGGCUCUGUGUUUUAUGGCACUCCGGAUGCAUCAGCCGGCUUUCAGUCUAAGGCGUCGGCCUUGUUCUUAGCAGUUCUAAUCAACGGCCUUACGGCUAUUUCUGAAAUCAGCGGCUUGUAUGACCAAAGACCUAUUGUCGAGAAGCAUGCAUCGUACGCCUUCUACCACCCUUCAACGGAAGCUAUAGCUGGUAUUGUGUCCGACAUUCCCAUCAAAUUCUUCCAGGCCGUGUUUUUCAACAUCAUCUUCUAUUUCAUGGUUGGGCUACGUCGUGAGCCCGCUCAAUUUUUCCUCUACUUCUUGAUCACCUAUAUUGAAACCUUUGCCAUGGCCGCCAUUUUCAGGACAAUGGCAGCUGUCACAAAAACGGCUUCGCAAGCACUGGCUCUCAGUGGUGUUCUCAUUCUCGCGCUCGUCAUUUAUACAGGCUUCACUAUCUCGGUACCGCUGAUGCAUCCAUGGUUCUCCUGGAUUCGGUUCAUCAACCCGCUCUUCUGGGGGUUUGAAAUUCUAAUGGCCAACGAGUUCCACGGCAGACAAUUUACUUGUUCGAGUAUUGUACCAGGAUAUUCACCCCCUGUCGGCGACUCCUGGAUUUGUUCUGUUGUUGGUGCCGUAGCUGGACAGGACUAUGUCAGUGGAGAUGCUUACAUCGCUGCUAACUACCAGUAUUACUAUUCAAAUGUUUGGCGCAACUUCGGUAUCAUCUUGGCGUUCCUCGUCGUCUUCAUGGCAAUCUACUUUGUCGCGUCGGAACUCAACUCCACCACGACCAGCACCGCAGAAGCCCUUGUGUAUCAGCGUGGCCAUGUGCCCGCCCACCUCAUGAAAGCCAACGGCGCGGUCGAUGAGGAAGCAGCCGCAGCACCCGAGACCAAAGAAGAGACUGGCGCUGGUGAUAUGAGGGCAAUCGAGCCUCAGACAGAUAUCUUCACGUGGCAAGAUGUAGUAUACGAUAUCGAGAUCAAAGGCGAACCCCGACGACUAUUAGAUCAUGUUUCUGGCUGGGUGAAACCCGGAACUCUUACGGCUCUAAUGGGUGUGUCGGGUGCCGGAAAGACGACUUUGCUUGAUGUUCUGGCGCAGAGAACAACUAUGGGUGUCAUCACUGGUGGUAUGUUUGUCAACGGAAACCCCCUCGACGCCGGAUUCCAGAGAAGUACCGGAUACGUACAGCAGCAGGAUCUCCAUCUCCAAACAGCAACCGUUCGUGAAAGUCUACGCUUCAGCGCCAUGCUUCGUCAACCUAAAUCUGUUAGCAAGCAAGAGAAGUUUGACUAUGUUGAGGAAGUCAUCAAGUUGCUCAACAUGGAGUCUUUCGCAAAUGCCGUGGUCGGUGUUCCUGGCGAAGGUUUGAACGUGGAGCAGCGCAAACUCCUUACGAUUGGCGUUGAGCUUGCAGCCAAACCAAAGCUACUUCUCUUCCUCGAUGAGCCUACAAGUGGACUCGACUCUCAAAGUUCGUGGGCUAUCUGCUCAUUCCUGCGUAAGCUUGCAGAUGCAGGCCAGGCCGUGUUGUGUACGGUGCAUCAACCCAGCGCUCUCCUGUUUCAGCAAUUCGAUCGCCUGCUUUUCUUGGCAAGGGGCGGAAAGACUGUGUACUUCGGAGAUAUUGGGGAGAACUCCAAAACCCUGUUGGACUACUUCGAGACCAAUGGAGCCAGGAAGUGCGAUGAUGAAGAGAAUCCCGCUGAAUAUAUGCUGGAAAUCGUCAACAAGUUUCAAGCUAGUCACGGCCGAGACUGGCACUCGGCUUGGAAAGACAGCACUGAAGCCCAAGCUGUACAAGCAGAAAUCGGUCGAAUCCAUGAUGAAAAGAAGAACGAGGCUGCCGCUGGUGGUGCAGACGCGGCAGGCCAUAGCGAGUUCGCCAUGUCGUUCAUGACACAACUUUCCGAGGUUACUGGUCGUGUAUUCCAACAAUACUGGCGAACUCCAAGCUAUAUCGCCUCCAAGUUCUUCCUCGCCAUCGCGGCCGGUCUCUUCGUUGGUUUCUCUUUCUACAAAGCUAGCACCACUCUGGCAGGCAUGCAGACGGUUGUGUUCGCCUCUUUCAUGCUUACAACAAUCUUCAGUUCCGUGGUACAGGGUAUCCAACCCGUGUUCGUCACUCAACGGUCCCUCUAUGAAGUCCGAGAACGUCCAUCGAAGGCAUACUCCUGGCAGGUGUUCCUCAUUGCCAACAUCAUCGUCGAAAUUCCGUGGCAGGUACUUAUGGGUGUGCUUACCUGGGCUUGUUUCUACUACCCGGUCGCCGGAAUUCAGAGCGCUGAGAGACAGGGUCUUACUCUUCUGUUCUGUAUCCAGCUGUUCGUCUACGCGGCCACAUUCGCUCAGAUGACGGUUGCUGCACUCCGCGACGCGCAAACGGCCGGAGCCAUCGUCACCUUGUUGACAAUGAUGAGCUUGAUUUUCUGUGGUGCCCUACAGGCCCCGCAAGCUCUCCCGGGCUUCUGGAUCUUCAUGUACCGCGUCUCACCAUUCACCUAUUGGAUCGACGGUAUGAUUUCAACUCAGCUACACGGCCGCCAGGUCACGUGUUCCGCCACAGAGACGUCCGUGUUCGAUCCGCCCUCAGGCCAGACCUGUGGUCAAUACCUCGCCGAGUAUCUCACACAGGCGCCAGGAACAUUACAGAACCCAGACGCCACCUCGCAGUGCCAGUACUGCUCUAUCUCGGUCGCCGACCAGUUCCUAGUCGGCAAUGGCAUGUCCUGGGAACACAGGUGGCGCAAUUUCGGCAUCAUGUGGGCCUUUGUGAUUUUCAAUGUUUUUAUUGCUGUCUUGACAUAUUAUCUCUUCCGCGUGCAUCGUUGGAACGCUGGCGCGUUCUCGUUCAAGAAGAAUGGCAAGGGCAAGGGCAAGGGCAAGACUGGAGAGGAGCCUCAACAAAAGAGCUAA